UGGUGCAGAUGAUGAGAGCAGACAGACUCGACACACCCUCUGGACUACGAUGAUGAUCAAAGCUUUUCUUCUGCUCGUGGGGCUGUCAGCUGCCUACUCACUGAAAUGCUACGUGUGUGUUGGGGACAAGGACUGCACUAAAACCUUGGACUGUGGCUCAGUCCCCAUGGCCGAUCGAUGCUUCAGUGGUGACAAGGAAGGAGUUUACGCAAGAGGCUGUAUUCCCAACGCUCUGUGUAAGAGCCCCUUGAGCUGUUGUGAGGGCGACUUGUGCAAUGGGAGCGCCCCCACUGCUCCCACUGUGGUACUGCUGCUCCUCUCCUCCGCCGUUUUCUCCCUGUUCCUCUGAAGGUUCAUGGCUUCUCAUCGAUUUAAAAAGCAUGUUUUAAAUUCCUCUGCAUUAAGUGAACGCCUUAAUGAGACGUCCGAGCAACAGCCUAAUAAAAGAUUUGCUUUGGUCUUUUGCUGUAAACAAUUUAAUGUCACUGUUGCUUCAUUUAAAUGCAAUAAAAACAUUUUUUUUUUAAUUCAAAUAGCUAUAACAUUAUAUGGUUUAGAAAAAAAAUAAUAAAGAAAAUAUCCACAUACAAAAUCAGGACUUAUACAAGAUGUGUGGAGUAUAUGUUAGCAUACUGCAUACUAUUGUGUACAACGACAGAGUGUAUAUAUAAAUGGACAUCGCUAACCUGCUAGCUACUGCGAUCCAAACAGGAAGUGAUCAUGGUGCACUUCCUGCUCCAUCGACUCUGGCUCCAAUUCACUUUCUGUGUAAAAACUGUCCCCUCUCUCUGUCCCUGCGUCUGUCAGACUCGUCAUUUUGGUCUUAAAUGUUCGUAUUAAACCGCUCUACAUGAUCCUGGGGUUUUUAUGUCACUAUUUUGUGUAUUGUUUACGUUGGUUGCUAUGAUACGCGCAGCCGGAAUUCCAAAUAUGCAACUCUGCUCCAAAUUCUCCUCUAUUCCUGCUCCAGCCUCGAUGAGCUUCAUGUGGAGCUGAAGCUGUGGUGACGUCACACUCACGUCUUUAA